GGGAGUUGCGUCGGAACCCUCGGGGCAGUGGUGGGCCAGCUCACCCUAAGAUCUCACCUCCGCCAUGAGCAGUAACGAAUGUUUCAAGUGUGGACGGUCUGGCCACUGGGCCCGGGGAUGCCCUAGAGCAGGAGCGAGUCGAGGGCGCGGAGCCAGAGGCCGUGGUAGAGGUUCUCCGUGCAGUUCCACCAACCUACCUGACAUCUGUUACCGCUGUGGUGAGUCUGGCCAUCAUGCUAAGAAUUGUGACCUUCUCCAGGACAUCUGCUACAACUGUGGGAGAAGUGGCCACAUCGCUAAAGACUGUAUUAAGCCGAAGAGAGAGAGAGAGCAGUGCUGUUACACUUGUGGCAAACCAGGCCACCUGGCUCGUGAUUGUGACCGUCAGGAAGAGCCCAAGUGUUACUCUUGCGGUGAAUAUGGCCACAUUCAGAAAGACUGCACCCAAGUCAGGUGUUACCGGUGUGGCGAGACCGGCCACAUGGCCAUCAACUGCAGCAAAACGAGUGAAGUCAACUGCUACCGCUGUGGCGAGUCGGGACAUCUGGCCCGGGAUUGCCCCACUGAGGCUACCACUUAGUUUUUCCCCUUUGUCCUCCCCCUCCUUUUGCUGAUUGUUAAUUGUGUUAUUUCUCUGAAACCUCUUCACUGACCAAAAGUUGAUAGAUGGAGGCUACUCCCAGGCCAGUGAACUUCAAUUACCAUGUUGAAGGAGGAAAGGGCUGGAAAAAAAAAUCUCAA